UUUGUCUCCAACCUCUCUCCUUAAACCCUAAAACCCUAAAACCCAUACACCACCCGCCAGUACCCAGCUGCAUAUGCUCUUCGCCAAGGAAGUGCCCAACUCUGAGCCUCAAAAAAAUAGUCACAAUGGAGGAGGAAGAAGCAAUUUACGGCGAAGAUAUUCAAAGAGAAGAGAACAGCGACGAUGAUGAAGUUGAUGUGAAUGACCUGGAUAGCGAGGCUGAGGAACAAGAAAAUCUGAAAUUUGUAGUCAAAGCAUCUCAUGAAGCUAAACUCAGAGAGCUAUUGCAUAAUAUUAAUUUGAUUGAAGUUAAGUUGUAUUCCGAUGCUUCAAAGGAGUUCAUCAAGUUACUUAGGCGUAAUACAGGGGGUGAACUGCUCCAUCAGUAUGUACAGACAAGCUCCAAGUUCUCAGAGCUUCAAGAUGCUUGGAAGCGUUGGCAGGGGAAACCUGGAAUGUCAUAUAUCUUGUCAUUAAUUUCCGCUAUGUUGAGUCAUCCUGAUGGAAUCUAUAGGCCAAAUGACACCAGGAGGAUUGCUAUUAGUAGGAUUAUUGAUAAGUUUGCUCGCUCGAUUGUUGAAGAAAAGUUGGAAGAUAUUUAUAAGGAACUGAACAGUAAAGAAGGGAAGCGCCAGAAGGCUGCUCUUCUGCUGAUGGCUUCAAUAGUUAGACGUAGCUCGAGUUUGGCUUCUGAGGUUGCAAAGAGUUUUAAUUUCAAAUUCCCAGUCUUUCCAAAGCUUGCGGAGUAUAAACUGAAGCAAGUUGAAAAGAAAAGGAAGCAUUCGACAAGAAAAUCAUUUAUUGGGUUUGCAAUGUCAUUUUUGGAAGUGGGUAAGCCAGGAUUAUUGAGGUGGAUCCUACAGCAGAAGGAAAUGUAUUCAGGUGUUCUUCGUGGGCUUGGGAGUGAUGAUGUUGAAAUAGUUGUUUAUGUUCUGUCUACAUUGAAGGACAGGGUUCUUAUUCCAGAAUCAUUGGUGCCUCCAGGUCUUCGGAGUGUGCUAUUUGGGAGUGUUACUCUAGAACAGUUGGUCAGCAUUUCUGGAAGGGAGGAUGGUGGCCCUGCUUCAGAGUUGGCACACAGGGUUCUGGUUAUGGUUUGUACCGACCCUUGUAACGGACUGAUGCCAGAUUUGAAGAGACACCCAUAUCCAUUAAGGGGUAAUCCAAAGCGACUUUUGGGUCUCAUGAAGAAGCUCAAAGCAACAGAGGUUGCCUAUCACAGAGAUCUGCUUUUGUCUAUUGUUAAAGGGAGACCUUCUUUUUGUUCAGCAUACAUGGAUGAGUUCCCUUACAAACUUGAAGACCAUACAUCAUCUACCUGGUUUGCUGCUGUUUCUCUGGCUGCAGAUUUGGUUUCCUCAGUUGGUAUUGGCCUUCCUUUCAAUUUCAUCAAUUCCGAGUCUCUAGAUCUGCCAUCCUUUGAUAGUUCAGAUGUGCAGAGUAUUAUGAAAUGCAUUUGUUGUCGUCCAUUCAGCCGAUUGGUUGUCAAUAAGGGGUUACUUCACCCUAAUGUUUUUGUGAAGCAUGGAACUUUAAGGCUUCUCUUGGAGGAACUGAAGUUCUUGGACUCCUUCGUAAGUGCUAUUAACCAUACUUCUUGUUCCAGCAAUCGAAUGAUGCAUAGACUGGCACCUUUAAAGCAAGAAAUUGAGAAUGAAGUUCGAAUGUUGCUCCCUGAUCCUCAAGUUCUAUUGACACUACUUUCUUCACUAAGUAGUCAAUCCAGAAUUCAAGAGUUGGGUUUGAAAAGAAAAGGAAAUUCUGAAAAUUUUAAUGUACAUAGAAGAAAUGAUAGAAAGAAAUUGAAAACAGAUGUUUUGAAUGAAGACACAGAUAUCAUUGUCAGUGGGAUAAGUUCUGGUCUGGAUAUUGCUUUUCAUGGAGGUGAAAAGGCUCUUGAUACAUUUACUGCAGAUGACAUGGAUAGUGGGAAGGAUAAUGUAAAGAUUAUUGCAAAAAUCUGGGGUUUGCAACCAUCCUCCAUGGCUGGUAUUGCAUUAAGGGAUGUGGAGACAUGCUUCCAUUCUAAGUUGCUUGAUGCUCUCAAAAUUUAUGCUCGAAUUAUGCCUACUGUGUUGGAGGGAUCAUUUGAUUUCUUCAUAAAUCUCCUCGGUAACAGUUCAGCGUUAUCAAUUGAUGUGCAGCAGUCUGUAUUGUCCCUUCUAAUAGAAUAUAUUGGACGGUCUCCUAAGAGUGAGAUUCCCAUAAGAGUCCCGGCACUUAUGUACAAACAUCUGCAGCCAUUUAUCGACUUAUUGAUUUUUUCAUCAACCCGAGAUAUAAGAGAGCAAGCAUUUUAUCUGGCACUUGCAGCCAUGUUCAGUACCGGUGUAUUUGAUUCUAACAUAUCUGAAUUAGGUGCAUGGUUCUUAUUUCUACCUGGCUAUGGUAGAGCUAGUAAGUCAUCUGUUGACACCCAAGGCGUAGAAGUUUUCCAAUCCUUGUCGACAGCUGUUAUCUCGUUCUUUUGUGAUGCUGUUUCCACCAUUGGAAAUAACUCAUUCAAAUAUUGGGAUCUUAUGAGGCUCCAUAUCUCCCAUUUAAAAGGCAUUAAAGAUGUAUCACCUCAUUUCAGCCCUCUCAUCAUCUGUGUCCUAGAGAAGUGUCAAAGGGUGCUCAAGUCUGGAUCUGGAACCUUUACGCUAGCUGAGAAAUCAAUUAUAUCAUUGUAUGUGUCCAACACAUUAACCUAUCUCCUGCAAACUCAGGUAGAUCCUGGAUUGUUAUCUUCUCUCCUUGAUUUAGUUUUAUCUGAAAGACUUGAAGAUCAAUGUCUGGAUUCCAUGGAGUGGAGGCCGUUGAAGAAUCUAUUGCUCUUUUCACAAGACAUAUCACACCAACGACAUUAUUGCAUUUUUUCUAUUGAUGAAAAAGCUAGGCAUACUGACAGUUCUUUUAAUGAUACACUUGCUGAAGUGCAAAGAAUUGUUAGGAGUGGGCAUGAUAGUGGAUUAACUGGAAUAGCUAAAAUGUUCUCUUCCUCAAUUGUUGGUACAACACCUGAUGAUAUAUUAAAGAAUUUUCCAUCAGUUAUUACUGUUUCACAGGACCUUCAAGGAGUUCCUUUUGCACUUUUGUCAUCUAUAUCUUUUCAUGAUCGGAGUCUUCUAGCCAGGGCUUCUAAGUUAUGGCCUGAUAUAUUCUUUUCUGGUCUGCAAAGAGUUGGAUUGAUGAUACACUCCAAAGGCAAAGGCGAUGAUAAUUGCAGGAUUCCUAGCCAUUCCUUGUUUGCCGAGGAAAUAUUUCCUAAGACAGAUUUUGGUUUAAGUGAGUCUGCUUCUGUUGCAUUUAGUCUCUUUCUGCAGCAGGCACCUUUUCAUGUGUUGUUUCCUGCAAUUAUGAACAUUGAUGGUCCAUAUUUAUUGGAGCCCUCUAAAGUACAACAGUUGCUUCUAGCUAAACUAUCUGAACAGACCACUGAUUACCUCAUUCUUUCUCUUCGCCAUGUGCUAUUCUGGAUCCAUCAGAUACGAUCAUACUAUAGAAUAAGGCCAUUAGGUGAACUGGAACAUCUUUUUGAAGUUUGCUUCAUUCUUGUGAAACGAAUGCUGGAUGAACUAUUGGUUCUGAGACCUGAUUCUGAUUGUUCAACAACUAUUGGAGUUCCUUUCUCUACAGUUCAAGAAGUGGCUGAAAUCAUCUUCUGUCAUCCUGCAGUUAUGGUGUCAUUGUCUUGUCCUUUGAGCUGUCAUGAGGAAUCAACAAAAGGAACUAUUGGAGACAGUUUGGAGACUUUUCUUAGAUCAUCCAAACAUUCAGUUCAUAAAAUGGACCAUCAUGUCUUGAACUUGUUGAUAAGCACUUCUGAUUAUCUGGUAGCUCUAUGUGAUGGCCAGAAUCCUAUAUCUAAAGUUGAUGACAGUGCAAAGAAACAACUUGUAAAGGUUUUCAAAGCCCUGUUACAGAGACUACUCCUGGAACUCAGGAGCAGGUUUGAUGUGUGUAUCAGGACCAAAAAUUUUGUGCCCUUUCUCCAGGCAUUUUAUGCUUCACAUAUUUUGAGUCAUUUUAUAUCACCCUUCAAGCUGUUUGAGUUAGCGUAUUGGAUGUUUAGUAGAGUUGAUCUGAAUGACCUGACAACUGGGGAAUUUGACAAUAUGUCUGCACUCUCUGUUGUAUUUUGCAUUGCCAGUGGUGCUUUUGACAUGUUAUCUAGUUAUUUUCAGCAUCCAAUUACAAAGAAAGUACAAUUCGAUUUGUUUUGGGAAAUGGAAGAAAAAAGUUUCGACAUUAUUGUUUUUGAGAAAAUUUAUAUGAAGGCAUUAGAGUUUGCCACAUGUUUCAAACUAGAGUUUGCAGAUGUAUGUUUGCUGAAAGCUGUUAAAGUAAUGUACAGGCAGAAAUUUGAGCAGCAUCAGAGUUUUCUUCUUCCAUUGAGUUUGGUAUCAUCAAGGGUGAUAGUGAGUACUCCUGUAAAAAUUAUUUCGCAUUGCAUAAACAGGCCAAGCAUGAUCAGAGCUAAAUUAUUAUUUCUUCUUAUUGAAGUGAGUCCCCUGCAUUCGUCAGUCUUUGGGCACUUAUUUUCAGGUCUUCUUAACAAAGGUUUGCCGCAUAAGGACAAUGUGGUGGAAACUCCUUCAGAUGAAGGCUUUAUGAUGCUUCUCCCUGCUGCGUUGUCAUACUUGAAAUCAACUUCCUUGAAAUUUGGGAAGCAGUACUACACAUGUUUUAAAGGUAUACCUUCUUUAUAUUCAAGGAUUCUCCUGGAUGGUUUCCUUGACUGGAAGGGCUUUGUGUCAAGAAGCAUAUUUCAGAUUGAAGAUGGUGAAUUCUUACCUUCAUCCACUGAGGACCUUUCCAAUCUCGUUAACAGUAGUCUUCUGGGAAAAUCAAUUCAUAUGUUGUGGUUUUACUUUGCCUUCAGUGGGCAUUCAAUGAAAAAGAAGAAGCGAUUCAAGCUAUUUGAUGUCAUUUUCCCAUGCUCUGGACAGGAUGGAAUGCUAGACUGUGAUGUUAGUGAAAUUGAUUCUUAUUCACUUAACCAGUCAUUAAACUUUGUUAAUAGAGUUGUUGCAAAGAUAUCUUUAUGUAGGAUGCUGUUAUUUCCAGGGGAUUGCCAGGUUAAGUCUCUGUCCAAAGAGUCAGAUGGACCUGUGGAGGAUACUCCUUUGGAAAUGGGAUUAAAUAGAGAGGACUCAUCAAGGAUCCGGUUGAUCAACAUCUUGGUGAAUACUUGGCAGAAGAUUGUUGAGAGAUUCUCCUGUGUCUCUGAUAAUUCUGGAAAAGUGACAGACACAGACUGUUUGCCCUUGUUCAAGUUCUUGGAAGUCUUUAUUUUGAGAAAUGUUCUUGAAUUAGCCAGAGAAAUGCAUAAUAGUCUUAUCCAACUUCAUUCUCUUCCCUUCCUGGAGAAACUCACAAGAUUGUCUCUUCUUCAUAGGUUUGAGGAUGCUACAACGUUGAAAAAGCUCCGAAGUGUCCUAACUUCACUUUCUGAAGGGAAAUUUUCACAUGUUUUACUUCUUCAGCUGCUGCUUGCCCACUCCCAAUUUGCCCCCACUAUUCAAUCUGUCUCUAAAUCACCUGGUUGCUCUCAGGUUGGUGUGUUUUCGAAGCCUAUGUCCAGCAUUCUUAGAUCACUUACCUUUACUUGCACUGAUCAAGGUACUAUUGAUGGUAAUAACAAUUUUGAAAGAUCAGAUCUGUGUGUGAAACAGCUGGAAGUUAUUAAGUUACUCAGGUUACUCCUUUGUUUCAAGGGCCACUGGGAUGGUUCUGAUUUGGAAAAAAAUAUUGACAUAAAUGCCAGAGAACUAAUCUCAUUGCUUUUGUCUUCUUAUGGGGCAAUGCUCAAUGAAGUUGAUUUGGAAAUUUACAGUCUCAUGCACGAGAUUGAGUCUAAUGAUAGAUUAAAAUCUGGAAGUAUUGCUGAUAUGGAUUAUCUCUGGGGAAGUUCUGCUUUGAGAAUAAGAAAAGAACGAGUGCAGGAGUUGGAGAUUUCAGCUAACAACAUUCUUGAUGCUGAAGCAGUAGAAGAACGCCAAAGAAGUCAAUUUAGAGAAAACCUUCCCAUUGACCCCAAAUUAUGCGUGAACACAGUGCUAUAUUUUCCCUAUAAUAGAACUGCAUCUGAUGGACCCAUAUCCUUGAACAAGGUUCACCCAGAUAAUGUUAAGGAUAUGAUCCAGGGAUAUCCUCCUCAUGUUGAAAAUGUACCACGAUAUGAUCCUGUUUUCAUCUUGCACUUUUCAAUUCAUAGUCUGUCAAUGCGUUACAUUGAACCUGUGGAGUUCUCUGCGUUAGGCUUGCUUGCAGUUGCAUUUGUUAGCUUGUCUUCACCUGAUGACAUGAUAAGGAAAUUGGGUUAUGAAACUCUUGGGAGAUUUAAGAAUGCAUUGGAGAUGUGCCAAAAGAGGAAGGAUGUAAUGCAACUACGGCUUUUGUUGACAUACAUGCAAAAUGGAAUAGUAGAGCCAUGGCAGAGAAUUCCUUCUGUAACUGCAAUUUUUGCUGCAGAGGCUUCUUUUAUAUUGUUGGAUCCUUCACAUGAACAUUAUUCAACCAUAAGCAAGCUUUUGAUGCGCAGUACUGGGGUGAAUAUGAAAUGUAUACCACUAUUUAAUAAUUUCAUUUGGAGUUCAUCCAUUAAUUUCAAGUCAGAAAGGUUGUGGCUACUUCGCCUUUCAUACGCAGGACUGAAUUUAGAAGAUGAUGCUCAAAUCUAUAUCAGGAACUCCAUUCUUGAAACUAUAUUGAGUUUUUAUGCAUCUCCUUUUUCAGAUAACGAGUCAAAGGAAUUGAUUCUUCAGAUAGUGAAGAAGUCUGUGAAAUUGCACAAGAUGGCUCGUUAUCUAGUUGAACACUGUGGUCUAAUUUCAUGGUUGUCAUCUGCACUCUCAUUCUUUAGUGAGAGGCUCAGUGGAGAUCAGAGAAGUUUUUGGUUAAAGCAGUUGACCAUUGUGACAGAGGUUAUCAAUAAUGUUAUUUCAUCCAGAAACAUUAUUGGGUGGUUGCAAAAGGAUGCCCUUGAGCAGCUCUCAGAAGUUGCAUUGCAUCUAUACAAACUCUUAAUAGGUGCAGUGCAAUUGAUGAAGGACAAUGUCACUUUGGUUAAUUCGAUUCUGCAAAUACUGAUAUCAACAUUGAAGUUUUCACAAAAAAGGAAAAUAUACCAGCCCCGUUUUACCAUUUCAAUUGAGGGUUUAUUUAAAAUAUAUCAAGCUGUUGUUGAUGUAUCUAGUGUUCCAAGAUCGAGUCCUGCUUCAGAAUUUGGAUUAAAAGUGAUACUCAUGAGCUCGCCUCCACUGAACAUUUUUCAAAUGAAGCAAGAAGAGCUUUCAGAGUUUGUAGGAUGGGCGAUUUCUACUGCUUUGCAGCCAGAAUGUACAGGAACACUUCAACUUGCAGAGUCUUAUCUCCAUUUCAGAGUUUUCUCAGAGGAAGAGCCAAGCCAGGAUUCUCUAUUGUCAAAGCUUUUGCGGUGGCUCACUGCUUCUGUAAUCCUGGGUAUGCUUUCAUGGAAGUCUACUGAUUUAGACAUCAAUAUUUUAGAAAGAUCAAAUUCGAAAACUUUGCUAUCUUUGCUGGAGCAUGUGAAGAAAGGAAGUGGAGAAAAUGGCAGGAAUGCUUUUCAUUGUGAAGAGAUAUUAGCUGCUUCUAUUUUCUACCUCCAACAGCUUCUUGGGUUGAAUUCCAGAGUGCUUCCUUCAGUGGUAUCUGCACUUUGUUUGUUACUCCUUUCUGAUGCCUCAAAUUCUGCAGGAUCAGAAUUCAUGCUUGGUCAUGAGAGUCAUGUGGCAUCACUCUGCUCAAGGAUCCAUUGUCCUGUGGAAGCAAAUCCAGCUUGGAGAUGGUCAUUUUAUCAGCCAUGGAAGGAUCUUACUUCAGAACCAACUGACCUAGAGAAGAUGGAUGAACUCCAUGCAUGCCAAUCUCUUUUAGUGGUAAUCUCAAAUUUUCUUGGAAAGAAAUCACUAGAUGCACCAUUCCUAUCCCAUCAAGAUGUGGAGAAUUCUGGUGUUUAUAAGUGGGAAAGAAGUAUUAUUGAAACUGAAAGCCAUUCAAGGCAAAACCCAUCUGUCUAAUUUGCAAUUUGCUGGUCUACUUAGGGUUUGUGGUAAUACUAGUCCUCUGUUGUAACAUUGUUUUAACCUAAAUCUUUACUUGAAUGUAUAUCAUACAUCGGAGAAAGUUGGUCCACAUUGAUUUUGGUUGUAACUUCUGCUGGUCUUGUAAAGGAACACUGAAAAUAGUUGAAAGGAGAAAAGUUUUUUUUGCUUGAGAUUGAGAAUA